UACAGCAAUGACUGAAGCCGGAGCAGCAUCCUCACUCAGACUGAACCGGCGGACGAAGCGGUGGGACAGCAAAGUUGCAAACGGCGAGACCAGGAAUAAAGCUCUUCCCACAACUAAUAGAUGUGCCCACUUUGGAGACUUGAACCUGGGGCCCUGUGUAAGGUGGGAGUUACAUGGAUCACAGUGCUGCAGCAGCAGUGUGCAUGGAGGUGAUGGCGUGCACCUAAGGUAAGCCCUCCUUUAUCCUGUCUGAAGAUGAGCCAAGGGCCAAAUCUCGUCCUGGAGUGGCUAUCGAAGCUCCAUCUGGCCCAGUAUGUGGAGUCUUUCAUUGACAACGGGUACGAUGAUUUGGAAGUGUGUAAACAGAUCGGAGAACCAGACCUGGAUGCCAUAGGUGUUCGCAUUCAGUACCACAGACACAGGCUGAUCACAGCAGUGCAGAAUCUAAAAGAGGAGGACAAAAGAAAAGCAGCAGGCUACUAUUUCACCUUAGAGCCUCUGGAUGCUUCUACUCUCCACCACACUUCACACUCAAACAGAGAGGACGACUUCAGGACACUGAGAUCACACCCACAGACCACAGGAAUACACCAGGCCUCCUGUCCUGGAAACCAUAACCUGAGAUUCACAGAUUGCAAUGACUUUGUGACCUAUCCCAAACUGAAGCUGAAGGUACUGAUAAGGGAUAAACUUGCUAAAGAUGGGAUUAACCUGGGAGAAGCACCUUACACCCAUACGGAUGGCUCGGUGGGGAAUCUUGAUGACCUGGCUCAGGAGUACUCUCAGUAUUACGGCACCUCCCUCAGUGACGUGUGUGAAAGAAUGGAGGAGCUACGGAAACGCAAAGUAGUGCAUGAUGCAGAGAUGGGAAAGGUUGACUCAGUGGCCACAUCUGUGCAGCUCCGCUCUCAGAUCCAGGAAUCCCUUGGGCUCAGCAGUGCCACAUCCACUCCAGAGAUAGAGAGGAGGUUUCCUGUGCACAAAUCCAGCUCUGAUGAUGGAUCAUCAGGAGGCAAAUUGGAUGGGAAGAGAAAGAGCAAGUCUUUUUGGCAGAGUUUCAGAAAGUCGCAGAAAGGGGUGACGCGUCAGAUUUCAAAAGGUGAUGACGUUGGGUUUGUGGCCAGUGAAAUUACCAUGAGUGACGAAGAGCGUAUCCAGCUGAUGAUGAUGGUGAAGGAGAAUAUGAUCUCAAUAGAGGAAGCCUUGGCACGGCUGAGGGAGUUUGAGAUACAAAACAGACAGACGUGCAGGUCUGAUCCCACAGAGUGGACCGAUCCCUCCAGCCUCACCACAAAUGAGUCAUUCACCUGCAACCCCUGCGAGCUGUCAGACAAUGAACAGGAAGAAUCCGUUACAUUCAGGAGACUCCAUAAACUGGUCAACUCGACCCGGAAGGUGAAGAAGAAGCUGAUCAGAAUUGAUGAGUCCAAGAGGCCUGGAGCAGAGGAGAGCCUUAACAUGGACAGUCUUCUCUGCGGAGAUGCCAGCACCUCCCUGUACUCGGGUGUGCUGAAGAAGCCUGCAGUUUGCCCCAUGGACUCCCUGGCUUCAUCUCUGCAGGAGCAGCUCGUAUACGACAGGGACUCUGACAGCCUGACCACCUCCCCCUCCUCUAGCAGCCUGGACACCUGCAGCAGCCAGAAAAUCUUCCAGGCUUUCAGCAAGUCCAAUGAGAGCCCUGUUCAUCAGGAGGCAAAUGUAACACGGGAGGUGAGGGAGGCAGGUGAAGGCAGUGGCUCCUCUUUUUCUGAAACGGAGGGUUGCAAUGAGGAGGAGCCCAAAAUCGCUCGUUCAGUGACUGAUGGAGAGCUCCGUCACCGUGUGCUCAACCCACUCAGCCACCACGGGAGAGCUUGUAGCUUUGGAGGAUUUGACUUGACCAACCGCUCAGUGCACGCGCUCGUCUCUGACAACGAUAACACUAACAAAGAUGGAGAUGGUGGUGUGAGAGAUGCUGUUAAGUCUCCACCGACAUCACGUAUCUCUCUGGGCAAAAAAGUCAAGUCUGUGAGGGAAACGAUGAGAAAACACAUAUCCAAGAGAUACCACUGUUCUCUCUCUGAACAGUCAAGCCCAGACCGCAUGUCCAGCUGCCCUCACUCGCCUCAGAUAGACUCAGACUCUCUCGAGAAACCCAAACUGAAGCCAGGAGGGUCUGUAGAAAGCCUGAGGAGUUCCCUCAGCGGACAAAGUUCCAUGAGUGGUCAGACAGUGGGCACCACUGACUCCUCCAACAGCAACAGAGAAAGUGUGAAGUCUGAGGACGGGGAAGAGGAUGAGCUGCCUUACCGCGGCCCCUUCUGUGGACGUGCUCUAGUUCAUACUGACUUCACCCCCAGUCCCUAUGACACUGACUCGCUCAAACUGAAGAGCGGGGAUGUCAUUGACAUCAUCAGUAAGCCGCCGAUGGGUACAUGGAUGGGGAUGCUCAACGGCAAAGUCGGUACCUUCAAGUUCAUUUAUGUGGAUGUCCUGAAUGAAGAGGAGGUGAAGCCUAAAAAGACACGCAGGAGGAGGAGGGCCCGGCAACCCAAACCCACGUCUGUGGAGGAGCUGCUUGAUCGCAUCAACCUCAAAGAGCAUCUUCCCACCUUCCUUUUUAACGGCUAUGAGGAUCUGGACACAUUCAAGUUGCUAGAGGAGGAGGACCUGGAUGAGCUGAACAUUAGAGAUUCCCAGCACAGAGCUGUGCUGCUCACCGCUGUGGAGCUGCUUCAAGAGUAUGACGGAAGCAGCGACCCGGAGCGCAGCAGCCAGUCUGGAGGCUCACAGGAGAAGCUGCUCCUGGACAGGCGUGGCCUCAUGGGGGAUUCCCCACGAGACUCGGGCUGCUACGAGAGCAACGAGAACCUGGAGAACGGAAGGGACAAAAAGACUUCUUCAUCCAUGAGCAGGUCCUCCUCUGGUUUUGAGUCAAGCCACCUCUCAUCUCCAGAGCACCCUGCCCUCCCCCGGAUCCUGACCUCCACCGGCCCUCGUAAGACUUUACUUCACAGUGAACCAGGAUGCCAGCCCUGUAUCUUACCAUCAAUAAGACGCCCUAAGACCAGCUUAAGUCUACCAAGCUCAGCAAAAGGUCGUCUUCCUAGUGGAGCCAUUGCUAAGAGCCACAGCUGCAUGGAGUUAAGAAGAAACCCAGGACCGGGGCCACUGAGGCGCUGCCUCUCCCUGUCAGGCCUCCACAAAGACCAGAAGAAAAAACUCAUUGACCCUAAAGACUGGAAUCUGACCCCCAGGACCAAGACUGAGGAGAGCACAGAGCAAACAAUAAAUCCUCAAAAACAAUUUAAGGUCAUGUUUCCAUCCUCCCAAUCUUCAACCACAGCAAGCCGUGCUGUGUGUAGCACUUCGUCUGUAGGCAAAGGAAGUGUGUUUGCCCCUAAACGAGGAGAAAGAACACAGAGCACACACCUCAAGCUGCCACCCACAGUGCCAGCUGAGAGGUCCAAUCAUCCCGCAGGUACAACUUCCUUGCCAAACUCACACCGAGAGCCUUCACUAACAGAAACUGACUGCAUGCACAACUACACAAACCACAUCUCUUCAGAGGAUAAGAGGAGUUAUUCAGUUUCAGCCAAUUCUGAGGCCCGCCGGCUGAAAAUGAAAAGACAUAAGAAGACAUCUAUGAACUCAGUAAACCUGGGUUCCCUGAUGGAAGAAAGACUCCAGUCGCAGGGUACUGAUGUCAAAAUGGAGCCACUUCCUGAAAAGGUUUUGGCAUCAAAAGUAAAGUAAGGUGUACAUAUGUUACAU